GCAGCAUUCGUCAUGUGUUCCAGUACGAUUUCUAAGUGGAGAAAGUUUGUUCGAAAUUCCGCCGUUCUUCGCCAUUCGGACCUUUCUAAAAUAGUGUGGAGCCUUUCGGAAUAAGGGGAAACGACCCCAGAAGCUUCAUAUUGCGCGAGAGGCACGUUCAAGGGCCGAAAUAACAGUUAGUAUUGGUCGUUUUAGAAGAGUUUGCGAGUGUGCUCGGAGGAGGAGCAGUCGACUUGUGUCUGAGUGAAGGAAGGAAGGAAGAAGGAAACCUCAAUGAUCCACCGGUACCCAAUGUGAGACUGUUCCCUGUGGGGGUGCAACUAAUAGGGUUUGUCUGUCGGGCCGCUGCGAGAGUUUGUUGUAGGCUGUGGAUUCCUUGGGGCGACUAUAUGUGUGUGCGGUUGCCCCUGGUGACGGGGGUGGGUGCCAUCUGCAGACAUUGGGCGCAUAGCGAGCAAGCACGCUCUCAAAGUCCCCGUGUCUGGCAAGAACGGGUGUCCCGGUAGUCGAGACCACCGCGGAGGAGGCGGACGAAGGCCCAACAAAGGUUCUGGAGGAGGAGGAGGAGGGGCCGCCGCCGCAGGAGGAGGAGGAGGCGCCCGCGCCCAUUUGGCAGCCGCCCCGCCGCCGCCGCCGCCGCCGUCGUCCCAGCCCCAACAGCAGCAGCCACCCGCCUCGAACAACACCAACACUAACACCAACACCACCACUACAGCGCCCACGCCCACCCCGCCCGUCAUGAACCACGUCACUGAACCGCCCACCCCGGACAAGGACCUCGAGCUCAUGGAUACCCAGGAAGAAGAAGUUGCUGAGGAAGGAGUAGGAGAUGGAGGAGUUGAUGAUGGAGGUGGGGGAGGGGGUGGGAUAACUGAGCCUGCUGAAGAAGAGCAGAUGAAUGGAGAUGCUCAAGAAGUUUCUUCCACCACUCCCCAUGACACCGAAAUGGAUGAAGAUGAUGCUCGAUCAGAGGCCAAGUUUCAGUUUCGUGUGAAGGAAUUCAGCAAGCUCAAGGACACGAUGCUUUCUCCUCCCUGCUAUGUUCGAAAUCUUCCUUGGAAGAUUAUGGUAAUGCCAAGAACAAGCCAAGCUCAGGAUAGGCAACCCCAGAGGUCUUUGGGCUUUUUCUUGCAAUGUAACGGGGAGAGCGAAAGCACAUCCUGGAGCUGCAAUGCUGUUGCUGAACUACGAAUUUUAUCUGUACGAGAAGGCCAGGAACCAUUUACAAGAAAGAUACAACACUUGUUUUACAGUAAGGAGAAUGAUUGGGGUUUCUCUCACUUCUUGUCAUGGAGUGAUGUCCUAGAUCCAGAAAAGGGCUACAUAAAGGAUGAUACAAUUACACUAGAGGUUUGGGUGUCGGCAGAUGCACCUCAUGGGGUAUCAUGGGACAGUAAAAAGCAUACUGGCUAUGUAGGUCUUAAGAACCAAGGGGCAACAUGUUACAUGAAUUCACUUCUCCAGGUUCUUUAUUUUACAAGUCAGCUAAGAAUGGCUGUGUAUAAGAUGCCAACAGAGAGUGAUGAUUCAACCAAGAGUGUUGCUCUGGCUCUUCAGAGGGUAUUCCAUGAGUUGCAGACCUCCGAUAAACCGGUUGGCACGAAGAAACUAACAAAGUCUUUUGGAUGGGAAACACUGGACUCUUUCAUGCAGCAUGAUGCUCAAGAAUUUUUAAGAGUGCUGCUUGAUAAACUAGAAACCAAAAUGAAAGGAACCUGUGUUGAAGGGGUCAUUCCUAGGUUGUUUGAAGGCAAGACUUUGUCUUACUUCAAGUGUAAACACGUAGAUUAUACCUCAUCACGAACAGAGACUUUUUAUGAUAUUCAGCUUAAUAUAAAGGGAAAGAAAAAUAUUUAUGAGUCAUUCAAAGACUACGUAACAGUAGAGACCUUAGAAGGAGAUAAUAAGUAUGAUGCUGGGGAGCAUGGGUUACAGGAAGCAGACAAGGGAGUUCUCUUCCAGAGUUUCCCACCUGUGUUACACCUACACCUCAUGCGGUUCCAGUAUGACCCAAUCACUGACUCUAAUGUCAAAAUCAAUGACAGAUAUGAGUUUCCUGAGAAGUUGAACAUGGACCAGUUCAUGCAAAACAAUGACUCUUCACCUGCUACUUACGUUCUCCAUGCCGUCCUGGUACAUUCGGGGGAUAACCACGGGGGCCACUAUGUUGUCUUCAUUAAUCCAAAGGGAGAUGGAAGAUGGUGUAAAUUUGAUGAUGAUGUCGUCUCCAGAUGUAGUAAACAAGAAGCUAUUGACCAUAACUUUGGUGGCCAUGAAGAUGACAUGAAUUUGACGGUAAAACACUGUACAAAUGCAUAUAUGUUAGUCUAUAUACGAGAGUCGUGCCUAAAAACGGUGUUGCAGGAGGUUGUAGAGGAGGAUAUUCCCCAAGAGUUAAUAGAUCGUUUACAAGAAGAAAAAAGGAUAGAAAUGAUUCGACGAAAGGAACGUAAUGAAGCUCACCUUUAUAUGUGUGUACAGGUUGUGUUAGAAGAUGCAUUCUCGGGUCAUCAAGGAAGUGAUCUUUAUGACCCUGACAAAGUCAGUUACAGAACAUUCCGGGUCAAAAAAUCAGCAACACUACAGGAGUUUCUAGAGCAGGUUGCUGAUAGCCUUAAAUAUCCUGUAGAACAAAUCAGACCUUGGCCAUUUAAUCUCCGGACCAAUCAAACCAAUAGACCAACGUUAUUAGAUCUUGAAUCGGACCUUCAUAAACCUUUGAUAGAGAUAAGUGGCAAUACCAAUCCAUGGACAGUGUUCAUGGAAACUGUUCCUCCUGACUCAGGUCUAAAAGCUCUAACAGCAUUUGACAAAGAUUCUGAUGUUCUUCUCUUCUUCAAGUACUACGAUCCACGCCAUAAAAAAUUGCAUUAUUGCGGCCAUCAUUAUAUGCACAUCUCUUUCAAUGUCCCAGAGGAGUUGGUGCCCAUGUUGAAUGAGCGUGCAGGAUUACCCCAGGGUACGGAAUUAGCACUUUUUGAAGAGAUAAAGCCUAAUCUACUAGAAAGAUUAGCGGAUCUUGAUCGACCUCUUGAAAAGGUUUUAGAUGAGUUGAUGGACGGAGACAUUAUAGUAUUCCAACGAGAAGAUCUCUUGGAUGACCCCAGCCUUGAGCUUCCGUCCUGCCGAGACUACUUUAGAGACCUCUUCUACAGGGUUGAGGUAACUUUCUGUGAUAAGACGGUGCCCAAUGAUCCAGGCUUUACAAUGGAGCUUUCCCAGAGAAUGAACUAUGACCAAAUGGCCCGGGCUGUUGCACAUCGUCUAGAUACUGACCCGUACCUGUUACAAUUUUUUAAGUCACAGAGCUAUCGAGAUGGACCUGGCAAUGCGGUGAGAUGUACAUAUGAAGGAACUCUCAAGGAUAUGCUAGUCUGUAUGAAGCUACGCCACCCUAAGAAAAUAUUUUAUCAGCAACUUAGCAUUAGAAUAAAUGAAUUAGAAAAUAAGAAACAAUUUAAGUGUACAUGGGUUGGAGAGAAAAUGAAGGAGGAAAUCGAGUUGGUUUUGUAUCCUAAUAAAAAUGGCACAGUAGCUGACCUUCUUCAUGAAGCCAGGAAGCAAGUUACCCUUUCAGAAAAUGGUUCUGGCAAAUUAAGACUUGUUGAUGUGGCAUCAUAUAAGAUUGGGUCCAUUAUCAGUGAGAACAUGAGCUUGGAUGCCCUCAGUACCGGAGGAACGAAAUCCUAUCGUAUUGAGGAAAUACCAAAGGAUGAACUGCAUAUAGCAGAAGAUGAGUUAUUGAUAUCAGUCGCUCAUUUUCAUAAAGAGGUGUUUUCAACCUUUGGCAUCCCAUUCCACUGCAAAAUCAAGGAAGGGGAAAGAUUCUCAGAUGUCCGUGAACGUAUCCAGAAAAAGUUGGAUGUACCAGACAAGGAAUUUGAAAAGUACAAGUUUGCAAUUGUCGUGAUGGGAAGACCUACCUUCAUUAAUGAUGACGACGUAGUCAACCUACAAGACUUCAAAACACAUCCUUCUCAAACUUCCAUGCCUGCUAAACCUUGGCUUGGUUUGGAGCAUGUGAACAAGGCUCCAAAGCGGUCAAGAUACAACUACCUUGAAAAGGCAAUCAAGAUCUACAAUUGAGGUUUUGAUAGCCUGUGGUGAAACCAAACUGGAGCCAGUAGGAAAACAAAUAGAGUGGGUGGUUAUUUCCUUUUGUGCGUGUGUGAUGUGGCUACUGUGCGCUGUGCCUCACAUUGUGCUGCCAUAGAUUGAAAGUGUAAUGAAA